AUGACUCAAAGAAGGACGCCCUCUCAAGGUCACCGCCUCCUCAUGGGCCCUCCCGAGACACCUAGCAGAGGAAUGAUACCACAAUCGCCUGGCCUCUUCCCCAAUAUCCAAUUUUCCCCAGACCUCUUUUCUCAGCAAAUGAUGGACUCCCAAUCCGCACCUGUGUACCCUCAGCAGCGGCUUUUCUGGGAUCCUGCCACCGCAACUCCUUUGCAGGGCACACCUCAACACUUUCACACUCCAAUAGCAUAUCCUGACGACUUCAAUACCUCAUUCAAUUCCAGUUCCACCAUCGUACCCUUGAACUAUGCUCCAACACAACAGGAAACGACUUAUGAUUUACCUACUACCAGCGAGCCUAUGCAUUCCUCUUUUCUAGAUGUACCCAAUUUUUCGACACAAGCCGCUUUCCACACGUCACCACGGCCACCUUUGCCAGCAGCCGAAAAUCCCACACAAUUUCUGAGCUCUCCUGCACGACGCUUCGGUGGAGACACUCAACUCGAAACCAGUACCAGGUGGCAGCAGACGCGUGAUCUACCAGCUUACCACCAUCAACUACAAGAGUCGAAAAGGGAACAGGAGAUGCUGGCCCGGCAAAGACGCAAGUCGAGGACACAGAAACGGCCAGCAGAAGAAGACUUAGUCAUGAAAUCCGUUCGCAGAGCUUUGUCGCCGAGCAAAGUUUCGCGUCCAGCAGUUACACGAAGUAACACCCUCGCCGGGCAUCCUCCUGCUCUACGGCGUAGCUCAUCGACGAUAGACAAUAUUUCCAUUACGUCGAGUAUAAGUUCGAGGUCAAAUCGUGCCGGCCGAUCGUCACCACUUAGACAGGUCAACGACAAUGUGCGACGAGUCUCAACCCCUGCUGUUCUGCGGCCUAGCUCUUCCAUGAGCCUCGAGAUCGACAGGAAUGGUGUUGCGCGGACUAUCUUGGCUGAGCUUCCCGAGAGAACAAGCGAGGAUAUGGAGGAAGGAUACUCGACGGAAGAGUUGAGUUCAGAGGACGAGAUGGACCAUCAAAUGCUCUACUCUUUCGAUGGCAAGUCCCAAUUGGACAACGAUUCUAUAUCUCGUGGUGAUGCUCGAGAUGAGCUAAGAUCAAGUGUAUAUUUAUCUAUGGGUACGGACAAGUCUGCCCAGAUAAUCCGAGACCCUAUCAUCGAUCCUAGGCUAGGCCUUAACAGCUCCAUGAGCACCAUAAAACGUGCACGUGGAGAAACUUUGACAAGCUCGAACAACGAUAACGCCAAUCCCACCAACGCUCAACAAGCACUGCGCAACCUCAUGCAGGACAGAUCCCGAUCAGCCUCGUCUCAUGCUUCUACAUCCUCUAUGCAAUUUCAUUCUUCCCCACCUUUACAGCAAGGUCAUCUGCCUAGGUAUAACGCGUCUCCAACCACCGCGAACGACGCAGAGCUGGCCACGCCAAGCACAGACGUUGAUAGCAUUGGUAGUUCAGGGCAAACACGGUGUGUCUGCAAUUCUGCUUCAGCUGAGGGAAACCUCAUGCUUCAAUGUAUAUCUUCCCUCGUCUAA